UUGUUGAACCUUUAAUCUCUAACUAUAUAUUCUUCCUGUAUGUUGGCUCAGCUCUAAGUUAUGACUCUGCUCAUGUACAUUUUAAUAAGUUCCUCAUUCACUCACCUCACCAAGGCGUAGAGAGAAAGAUGAGGUGAAGCUUUUACUCUUCGGGAACUUCAUAUCAAGUCCUUCACCUCUAUCACUUCUGGAGGAGAACAUGACUGGAUCCUGGAGACUAUUUCUGCUCUGUAGUCUCCUGCUAGGUGCUGGGUGCAACGCUGCAAAAUUUAAGGUCCUAAGCCCAGCAAGUGUGACGACACUCAAUGGAUCCUGUGUUACCGUUCCUUGUUCCUUCACCUUGGAGGAGAAGUAUAAAAGCAUGCUAAAGCCUGGAUGCAAAAAAUAUUGGUAUAAAAUUAAGGAUCAACCUAUAAUUUCUACAACAAUCAGGGGAAAUCUAACAGCGUACAACUGUACUACAACAUUUGACAACGUACAUGAAGACAAUGGUCCAUAUUAUUUUAGAAUUCAAUGUGAUGGAAGUCCUUUAAAAUAUAAUUUUUAUAAAAACCCAGUGACCAUCAGGAUCAAGGGGCUCCCUGAUGCACCUCGUUUGACCACCCCCAAGGAGCCGGUGGUGGAGGGGACUCCUGUGGAGCUGGGGUGCUCUGCCCCGUCCUACUGUGACACCCACCCCCCCACUGUGACGUGGACCCCCGCCCUGGGGCUCAGCACCCAGCUCCAGCAGAACGAUACCGUGACCUCCACUCUGACCUUCAACGCCUCCCUCCUUCACCAUGGAAACAAUGUCUCCUGCACUGCGGCCUACUACAUACCAUCUGGGAACAAAACUGUGACGUCUACAAGAUACCAACUCAGUAUCUCAUAUGCCCCCAGGAACACCUCUGCUGUCGGCAGCCCGUGUCUUCCAGCCAGAGAGGGAGGCUGCCUGAACCUGACCUGCUCCAGUCAUGCUAACCCUGCUGUCAGCGAGGUCACCUGGUACCGAAUACACGGAGAACACAUCCUUAAGAUCGGGAGUGGAUCUUCUCUAUCCAUCCAGCUGUGGAACGCCAAUAACGUUUUCUUCUGUGAGGUCAUGAAUGACAUUGGCACAGAAAAGUCUAAUGUCUACAAGAUCGUAAUUCAAGCUCCUCCCAGGAUCCUGCCCUCUUCAGCCUGCAGCAGAAUUGCAGCCUGGGUGCUAUGUUCCUGCUACAGCGUGGGCAGACCAUCACCGUCUCUGGAGUGGUGGUUGGAUGGGAAACUGGUGUUGGGUUCUGAAGACGUGUCUGUUAGCCAAGUCAACCUGGAGAACGCCACGUUGAGGAGCUCCCUCACAAUGAGGGGCCCUGCUGGUCUGACAGCCUUGACAUGCCACAGCUCCAACGCUGCCGGGAACACCAGCCAGGAGCUUCCUGUCCCCCACCUGGAUACACAGCCAACCCUGACAGACCAACUGCCCUGGAUAGCUGCUACUGCAGUGCUAGCCGCGGGUCUGCUGUUUGCAACAGUGUGUGCCGUAAGAGCUUGUAAGAUGGCCAACCAAACAAGACUUGGCAGUGAUGCUCUAAUCAACAAAGCUCCACCCAACCAAGGGAACCCCCAGGUGUUCUUCAAAAGUGGGGAUGACAUCUAUGCUAACAUUGAUACACUGAUGAACACGGUCGGACCGAGAGAGGAGCCUGUUGGAGCAGCAGGUUCCUCAGCCUUGACCCAACGGGAUUCAGAGGAAGCAGCAGACCCAGCAGCAGACAGGCAGGUGGCGGACUGUGAUGUCCUGUACACAACAGUGAACUGGAAGGAUAAAAAAAAUAAAAUAAAGGAGAUCGGGGCUAGAGGGAUGAGUUAAGGGCUACAUCGAUGGGUAAAAGCUAGAGGGAUGAGUUAAGGGCUACAUUGAUGGGUAAAGGCUAGAGGGAUGAG